AUGGCUUCAGGAGAUUACUACGCGGUUCUGGGGGUGGCCAGGGAUGCCAGCGAUGCUGAGAUCAAGAAGGCAUAUCGAAAGGAAGCCUUGAAAUGGCAUCCAGAUAAAAAUCCUGACAACAAGGAAGAGGCCGAGAAGAACUUCAAGGCUGUUGCAGAGGCAUAUGAAGUACUGUCCAGCCCGGACAAGCGAGCCAUGUACGAUCGCGGCGGUAAGGACGCUCUCAAUGGCGGUGGUGGCUACUCACAUGCGGACUUCGGCGAUAUCAAUUCAGCCUUCAAUAUCUUCGAACAGUUCUUCGGUGGCCGCGACCCCUUCGCCGAAAUGGACCGGAUGUUCGCGGAGAUGCACGGACAGCAGGGACAGCAGUCCAGGCCUGGAAGAGGCUUUGGAUCAGGAUUUGGCGGCUUUGGUGGCUUUGAUGAUGAUUUCUUCAAAGGUGGAUUUGGUGGAGGAACUUCAUUUAGUUCCUUCAGUUCCAGCACAGGAGGAGGUGGAGGGAUGAUGACCAGUACCACCACCACAACAAGGAUGGUGAAUGGAAAGCAGGUCACGGUCACCGAGAAAACUGUGAGGAAGCCUGAUGGCACCGUGGAGACAACUCGUACAGAGUCUGACGGUAGCCAGCAAGCUGGCAUGAUUGGCGGCGGCUUUGAUGGCUUUGGAUUUGGGUCAGGGUCAUCGCAGAGAUUCGGACUUGGAUGGUGA